CUUUAGCUGCUCCAGCACUUGAAGCGAAUCAUUUCAGACCUCUGUAAACUGUACAACCUCCCCCAGCACCCUGAUGUGGAAAUGCUAGAUCAACCUCUUCCUACCGAGCAGUGUACACAAGAUGAUGCAUCUUCAGAAGAAGAUGAUGAAGAAAUGCCCGAGGACACAGAAGAUUUGGAUCAUUAUGAGAUGAAAGAAGAAGAACCUGCAGAAGGGAAAAAGUCAGAGGAUGACGGCAUUGGAAAAGAAAAUCUAGCUAUACUAGAAAAAAUUAAAAAAAAUCAGAGGCAAGACUACUUAAACGAUUGUGAUACUUCCAACUUAGUCCUGACUUGUGGAAUCCCUGCUUGUUGUUGGGGUGCAGUAUCUGGCUCAGUGCAGGCUUCUGAUCGUCUAAUGAAGGAGCUGAGGGAUAUUUACCGUUCAGAAAGCUUCAAAGCUGGUAACUAUGCAGUUGAACUUGUAAAUGACAGUCUUUAUGAUUGGAAUGUGACAAUUUUAAAGGUUGACCAGGACAGUGCUUUACACAAUGACCUACUGAUCCUUAAAGAAAAAGAGGGAAUAGAUUUUAUUUUAUUAAAUUUUUCUUUUAAAGACAAUUUUCCUUUUGAUCCACCCUUUGUAAGGGUUGUUUCCCCCAUAUUACUUGGAGGGUAUGUGCUGGGAGGAGGAGCUAUCUGCAUGGAGCUUCUGACAAAACAGGGCUGGAGCAGUGCAUACUCUAUAGAAUCUGUCAUUAUGCAGAUCAGUGCAACACUCGUUAAAGGAAAAGCUAGAGUUCAGUUUGGAGCCAAUAAGGUUGGUACACACCCCCCAAAGAAGAUGGAUGAUUAUUGCAAAAUCAGGAACUCAGGAUCAAUCCAAGGAACUCUCUACUUUGCUGGAAAGACACAAAAGAAUGAGAACAUUCGGCUUUAUUUUAUUACUAUGAUGCCUCUUUAGUCCCUUACUUUUUUGAGACUUUGACUCAGCCUUUGACAGGACAUGAGUGGCUGACAGAAGUUUUAUAAAUAUAUAUAUAUAUAUAUAUAUAUAUAUAUAUAUAUAUAUAUAUAUAUAUAAGAAUAAAGUACUAUUUACUUACAAGACUGAUUGCUGUAUACUCUUCUGUCUCCUUUGGAUGUUUACUAGACGGUAUACAUGAGUUCAGUGAAAAUCGUUGGAUUUCUGCUUAAUGGGAUGCGAGAUUCUUCUACAUCAAACACUAUUCCCUGUACUUUUAUUUUUUUCUCAGUUCCCUUACCUUUCCACAUGCAACAUUUUUUGUUAGUGUAUGAUGUGUAAAAAGAAAACAUUUGGGAAAAUUACAAUUUAUUAAUGAUCA